CUAUAGGUACCUUUGUAUUAUUUUAUCACUGACAAUUUUCCAGAGCAGCCGUUUGGAGACAGCCAAUAUGCUCAGUUAGGUGUGAAAUGUUCAGCCUUUGAAUGGGCUGUCUGCUCACAACAUGACGAGCUCCUCUAAAGAGCUUACGAGCACAGAUUAAACCCGAAAAAACGAAUUAUCUCCUGCGUCCCUCCCAUCUGCUAACUGGAGAAGCUCAUUUAACAUACUGCUGCUUGUUAGUGUAUAGACAAGAAUUAAAGCUUUUCUGCCAAAUUAAGAAGCAUGGUUUAUUUUAUUUGGAAACUUUUACUGGGGUUUUUCUGUCUUACUCUAUGUGAAGGACAACAACAGACAUCAACAGAAAUCAGCGCUUCACUGGAGAAGAUCCCCCAUAAACAACUUACAGAAUUGCAAUAUGAGCUGGAGCCUGGGAGCGCCUCAUUACCUGAAGAAUCAAAUCCAACUCCGACCACUACAAGCCAACAGCAUUAUAGAAUGUUCCUCAAGAGGAAAAAGAGGGCCAUCUUGUUUCCCAGUGGUGUCAAAGUAUGUCCGGACGAGACAUUUGAACAGGCUCUUCUUAAUUAUUUGAAGUUUUUUAAACUCAGGGUAUGUCAAGAAACGGUCUGGGAAGUUUUCAAGAUAUUCUGGGACCGGCUACCAGACCAAACAGAAUAUCAGCGCUGGAUGCGAUUGUGUGAAGGUGGCACCAUGACGCCAUUUGAAAUAGGGACCAACUUUAGCAGGUCUGAAGAACAUCACAAAUUGGUCAGAGAGAAACUGGAUCUUAGUAAACAAACAGGGAGCAGUUCGGAAGUAACAGAAACACCUCCAGCCCAAGAUAUUACAUCGUUUCAAGAUGCAGCUGCUAAUGUACCAUUCCCUUAUGAAGUACCCGUUGAAAGCCAUACAACAAUGAAGAUUUUGGAGCAGGAAGAAGCUGUAGAUAACUUGGAUAAUGAGAUUGUGAAGUUGACAGAGAAGCCUGUGAAGCUAACAGGGGAGAAGAUGGUAGAAUUUACUAUACUACUUCUUGGCGAGGAGUAUAACAAGGAAUUAAGUGACCCGUCUUCAGAGUCAUACCAGAUGUUUAGAGCAAAGUUUAUUGCACAGAUGCAAAAUGUAUUUCAACAUUUGCCAGGAUACAAAACGAUAAUUGUGCAAAAAUUAAGCCCAUCACUACUGGAUGACAGAGUUGGUGUGGAAGUACAUUACGCUGUCAUUUUUGAUGGCGAUGCAGAAGCAAUUAGCAGUGCUACUUUGGACCUCAUGAACCUUCAUUCCAAUAAAGUCGAAGACACUGUCCUUAACGAUGUUGAAGAUAAUCCUACGGCUGUUUAUACAGUCAGCAGCUUUAGAGAUUAUAUCGUAGAAGCAAUCUACAAACAAACAUUGCUGAAAAAUAAUACAUUUGUUUUAGAUUAUGACUCACUCCAGCUUAUUAAUGUCAGAAAUGCUUCCACAUACCUUUACAAUGAAUGGACCACAGUAACUGAAAAGUCAACUUUCCCAAGGCCAUCUACUGGAGAUGUUGACAAUGCUUUGAAAGCCGAAUGGCUCCCCACUGCCUAUUCAACAAUAAGCAAUAUUUUGCCAUUUGAGGACACAAGCCAUGAUCUGACAUCAAGAAGUCAGGUUGCACUGGAAGCAGAAAGCCCAGUUGUUACAGAACAAAUAAGUUCCAGAGUUGAUGUUGUCCCUGGUUAUGAAUACAGCUUUACAACUACGACACCUGGAUUCCAACAAAACACCCUCUUUAGCUCUUUGGAAACAAGAGCAGCUGCAGUUACUGUUACCUUUGGGCAUAUGGAGCCUGAAGAGGAAUCAGGAGAUAAUGAAAUGCUUACUUAUGAUCACCCUACUGUUGCAACUUUGUCUCCCCAGGAUCAUAUGUCAAAAGAUAUAUUAACAUCAACAGAAAACAAUGUAAUUGCAACCUUGACAACUUUAGCAUCUGAAAUAUCCAGCUCAGAUGUGACCGCUGCAAUUGCUACAGAACUGCCUGCACUAAGCAAGUCUUCUUUUGAAAGUGCAGUUUUUACCAAUACAGAAAGUGAUGGAACACCAACCGUAAUUACAUCUUCCACAUCUGAUGACAGGUAUGAAAAUCUCAAAAUUCUAAUUGACGAACAUUUACUGCCACCUAAUACAGACACAGAGAGAAGUACCCAUGCUGCUGAGGGAUCAGGUUCUGGAUCUGGUCCACUAGGCAAGGACAGUAAACCUUGGAUAAGAGCGACAUUGGAGCCAUUUACUAGUUUAGAAGCUCAGUUUAUACUUACAGAUACGAUGGAGAUAACAAAAGACAAUGAAGAAUUUAAAGAUCACUCCACUGAUCAGCUCAUUACUAAACAGGCCAAUACAGAGGACAUUGAGAUUAUGUCUGUAGACCAGAUUACUAGGAAUCUUGAACAGUCUGACAGUUCUGUUCCUACAGAACAGUUGCAGAAUCAGCAUUCAACUAUAGAGCCAUCAACUGAGCUAUCUCCUGUACUAUGGACACUGGAGACUUUGAAUACUGAACUGUCAAUGCAAGGAUCAGAGGUUAUAUAUGAAUAUUCAUUUACAGAAAGUAACAGUCUAGUUGAGUCCACUCUGAAAUAUUCUAUAGACACAUCUAGCAAAGCGGCACCUAGAGAGACAGUUUAUGUUCCUGAAACACAAGAGUCACCUUCUCAGAACAGUAUUAUUUUGCAAAGUGAGUCAGAAUUGACAAAUAUCUCUUUCUCCAAUAAAAUAGAACCUUUAAAACCAUACCUUCCAGGUCAUAGUUUAAUUACAUCCCCAGCAAUGAGCGAAGAAGAUAUGCAAACUUAUAUUGUUUCAGUCAAAACAACACCAGUAUCAGUAUCAUCAACUGAUGUUAGAAAAGAAGAUGUGUUGGUUGUAGCAGCAGCAUCACCUACAGAAUUAUUUGAUAAUACGUUAAAAACAAUCCCUUCUGCCAAGAUGGAUCUUCCAUUUGGUGUCCCUGACCAUCCCGUCCCGUCAGAAAGCGCCAUUUCCAAUAUUAUUCCUGUAAUCUACAAAGAGGGUGCAGUUACCAAACCACAAAGUGAAGAUAAGCCACUCCAAAGUGAUGAUUCAAUUGAGCCAACAGGCCUGCUACAUUCUAAAGUUGUUACAGUGACGCAAGAGGAGGAUAUUUCCAUGGAUGUCCAGAACAUAUCUGUGAGCAUAGAUCACAUGAGUACUGUGUAUUUUCAUCCUGAUAUGAGUGCAGAAGAAAGAAGCAUGGUUGCGAAAAAUAUCCACUCAACGGAUCUGGCCGGAGUUAUUUUUUCUACUCAUGAAAGUGGCACCAAUGUUUCAGCAUCAGCACGGGCACUUUUGGUGUUCUUCAGCCUACGUGUAACUAACAUGAUAUUUUCAGAGGACUUAUUUAAUAAAAAUUCUCCGGAAUAUAAAGCAUUGGAGCAACGGUUUCUAGAACUGCUGGUUCCCUAUCUGCAAUCCAAUCUGACUGGCUUUCAGAACCUAGAGAUAUUAAAUUUCCGAAAUGGGAGCAUUAUUGUGAACAGCAGAAUGAAGUUUGCAAAGCCUGUUCUGCGUAAUGCAACCAAUGCUGUGUACAUCAUUCUUGAGGACUUCUGCAACACUGCUUAUCAAACUAUGAACCUGGCUAUUGACAAGUACUCACUGGAUGUUGAAGCAGGAGAUGGAGCUGAUCCUUGUAAAUUCCAGGCAUGUAACGAGUUUUCUGAAUGUCUGAUAAACAAGUGGAGCGGUGAAGGUGAAUGUGUUUGUAACCCGGGAUAUGUUAGCAUUGAUGGGUUACCCUGCCAGAGCCUGUGUGACUUGGAAUUAGAGUUCUGCCAGAAUGAUGGCAAGUGUGAUAUCAUCCCAGGGCAGGGUGCAAUAUGCAGAUGCCGGGUAGGAGAAAACUGGUGGUAUCGUGGAGAACACUGUGAGGAAUAUGUCUCAGAACCUCUUGUAGUUGGUAUUGCUAUUGCUUCUGUAGCUGGGUUCCUUCUUGUAGCUUCUGCUAUAAUCUUUUUCCUGGCAAGGACCCUUCGUGGUCAAAAUACAAAGGGAGAUUCUGAAGAUUCUGUAGGCCGACAAAGUGACAGCCUAUCAUCUAUUGAAAAUGCUGUAAAGUACAAUCCCAUGUACGAGAGUGACACUACGGGCUACAGUCAUUACUAUAAGAGAUACCCGCAGCAAUCGUCAGCCAGUUCCACAAGUCCAGAAACAUCUGCCGACUUCAGUAGUGAAGAAAUAAGACACAUUUAUGAAAACAGUGAGCUUACCAAGGAGGAAAUUCAAGACAGAAUUCGAAUAAUAGAACUUUAUGCAAAAGAUCGACAGUUUGCAGAAUUUGUGAGACAACAUCAAAUGUCUGUUGAUAGUGUAAGAAAAGUAAAUCCAACAAAUUAGUUAUGGACUUUUUUUUACACGCA